UGAUUAUAUUUUAAAUGUCAUUAUUGGGAUUGUAUACAUUGAACGAGAAAUAAAGCAAGAAGUUUUGCUUAUUAAUUUGGGAAGCACCUUAAACAUUAUCUCACAGAUUGCUUUAUAAAUUUUACAUUCAUAUUAUAGCUUUCUUAAAUUUUGUCUCUAACUAAUUUUCAAUCAUGUGGUUGCUGAAUAAAACACUAGUUGUGUUCAACAAGUUCAAGGAUGUGACAGGAUGCUUUAGUGAAAGACUUGUUAAUGACGUUGAGGGACUGUUGUGCCUCUAUGAAGCCUCACAUAUGAUGAUUCACGGAGAAGACAUUUUGGAAGAAGCCAUGACUUUCACUUCCACUUAUCUUGAGUUCAUUGCAACCCAAUUGAGCCCUUCUCUUGCGAUUCAAGUCAAUCAUAGCUUGAGACAAGCUCUCCACAAGAACCUACCUAGGCUAGAGGCACACCACUACAUUUCUACCUAUGAACAAGAUCCUUCUCAUAAUGAAACUCUACUCAAUUUUGCCAAAUUAGAUUUCAAUAAAUUGCAAAAUCUACAUAGAAAAGAAUUUGGCAAUAUUUGCAUGUGGUGGAAAGAGUUGGAUGUACGUAGUAAAUUACCUUAUGUGCGAGAUAGAAUUGUGGAAUGUUGCUUUUGGAUUUUGGCGAUAUAUUUUGAGCCCCAAUAUUCUCAAGCAAGAAAAAUAACAACAAAAGUAAUUGCAAUGUUAUCAAUCAUUGAUGAUACAUAUGAUGCAUAUGGAACCAUUGAUGAAUUAGAAAUUUUUACUAAGGCAAUUGAAAGGUUAAUUAGCAUAUUUUAA